AUGGCGGCGGCAAGAGCCGCUGCCGCUGUGCUGGACCGAGGACUUGCGGCCUGGGUCCACUACGGCGCUGCCGAGCAUCACGCUAGGCUGGUGAGCGCACACAUUGAGAAUGAGGAGUCUGCGUUCGUGCCCGCCGAUUACGAUGAAUUCGCGGAGCAGCUGAGUCUCAACAGCGCGGACCUCGAGGGGGUCCGCUUCUCAGCCGCAAUCGACGUGCGGCCGCGGGGUGUUCCCAGCCCUGACAGAGCGCUCUACACCCUCGCCCCGCUGACGGCCGCCGAGAUCAGUGAGGUGCUCGCCGAGGCGGACCAGGUCUGCAACCUCGAGCGUGCCCAUCGUGGGCUCCCGAGGCUGGGCGAGGCCGCUCGAGCGCCUGGCGGCGCCGCGGCUGCGGCGACGCCCGUGCCCGCUGCGGCCCCCGCGCCUGGAGGAGCCCGCCUGGCCCCCGCGGGCGGCGCCUGGGUCCUUUCCGAGCCCCUCAUCGGCCGCGACGUCGGGGCCGAGUUCGCGCCGCCCGCGGGGGCCGCGGCACUGGGGUCCUGGGCGCUGGUGGUCUUUGAUGGGGCCGUCGCCAGUCUCGAGAUGCUCUCCGAAGGGGCCGAGUGGAUCGACUUGGCGACCAGGAAUGGCAUCGCCAGCCCGGUUCCACGAGCUGACAAGCAGCGCAGCGACAGCGGCGCGAGGCCACGCAGCUCGGCGGCCCACGAAAAUUCAAUCCCCCAUUGCGCAGUCCACCUGCUGGCGACGCUCGAUGGGCUCAACGUCGAGAACUGUGCGGGGGUCGAGCUCCUCUUGCGGCGGAUCACGAUGCACGAAGAGGCGGCGGCCGGGAACCCCGACGCCCCGAGCUGCGAGGGCGGCGACCGCUAUCUCGGCAUCAGUGAUCGGGCAGGGCUAUCUACCGGCGUCGCGACCGCGAAGGCCGAGGCAGACCCCGCGGCCUCCGCCAGGCCUGGCCUCGUCGACGGCGAGAGGCAGCAGGAGAUCGGUGCAGUCGCGGCGGUCGGCGGCCUGGGCCAGCUCUUCAUGCGCGACCCGCGGGAGCUUUCAGCGCCGCCGCUGCGCGAGGGAGUUGAUGCCGAGGGCGGCCGCGGCUCCGCGCGCGGCGCGAUUCACCGGCAUUUGUUCUCCACUAUCGCCUGGGGACGUCCCGCCCAUGCACAAAGUGACCGCGCCUCUUUCUGUGAGUUGGCUGGCGCCAGCGUGGAUUGCGAGACGCUUGCGCGCGCGGUUGAGCCGUGCGACCCGACUGCGGUGUCGUUGCCCAAGGGGCAGGUCUCGCCCGUCGAUGUGACUGAUAUCUUUUCUCCCGAGCUCGGCCGCCGCCUCGAUCUCGAGCCAGGUUUGGCCGAUGCCGGCGUUGCCGAGCACCGCCCCCGUUGCGGGCCCGCGGGGGCCUACGCCGACGUCCGAACUCAGGAGGGCAAGGAUGUCGAAGUCGCGUUCCUCAGAUGCCUCUUCGAGUGUGGAAUCUUUGGGUUCAGUAAG